AUGACUGGUCCCGCUCUUGACGCUAUUCCCAACACUGCAGUCUUCACGCACCGCAUCAUCUGGGACUCCGCCAUGGAUGCCGCCGAAGAUCGCGAUGUGAAGCUUCAGCGAGCCUCCGGUGACCUGGUAGCUGAGUUUUCGGUCAAGCUGCCCUCGCUUCUGUGGAAAUCGCAACAUGGGACUUCCGUCCGCACCCCACGUAUAUGGGCACAGGUCACCAAAACAGAGAAACUCGUCAGCCUGCUUGAACCUUUCCAAGAGUGGCCUCAACUCUUAGAUCCCCAUUUGCAGAAGUUAUUACCUCCUUUAGUGGACGCUUUUCUGGCUUAUUUGGUCGAGCAUCGCGCUCAGUAUGGGUCUGCUUCUGCGAAAAAUUCCCAAAGGGGAAAGAUUUACCCUCUUCCAAGGGCCAUCUGCAGACUUCUAUACACUUUUUGCAAAGUCCGUGGUGUCAAGGUGAUCAGCAGGUUUUUGAAUAAUGAACCCAAGUACCUCGAAUCGAUGCUUCGAGGCUUUAUCGAAUGGGACAUGGUCCAGCAGUCGAAUACCGAAGACUUGAUUGACUCAGAGCCCCGACGACUUAUUUGGGAAGAGCGCUAUGUGAUGCUAGUCUGGUUGUCUCAUCUUCUCCUUGCUCCGUUUGACCUGUCUUCUUUGUCAUCGGAUGAUAUCCCAGUGCCCCAUGAUAAUAUGGAGCAACUCGGCUGGCUGCCUUCUGAAGCCCCAAUGAUCGCGAAAUCGCUUCUUUCCUUGUCGUUGCAUUACAUUGUUGCCGCGGGAAAAGAGCGAGAGGCGGCAACUGCUCUUUUGGCCCGUUUGGCUCUACGGGGAGAUAUGCAAGCUCUGGGGAUCCUGACAGGUUUGACUAAAUGGGCAUUUGCGAAGAUGCAACCUGGAGAUAAUGCUGAAUCACCAUCUGUUCAUGCCUGUAUCGGUGUGCUUACUUUCAUUGCUCGCCUGGGUGCGUCGGGCCAGGUCGAAGACUUUGCUCCCCUAAUCCAAGGGGUCUUUCAGCAAACCCUCAGCGUGUGUCAGGGAAAUUCAUCCGUGUCAGCUACCAUACAAUCUUCAGCUUUGGCCCGAAAGAUCGUGGUCAAGAUUCUUCGCAACAUCACGGCGAUGGCCUUGUCUUUGAGCGAGCGAGGCAGCGAAAACAUCAAUGAUGAUCAGCUUUCCACCAUACUGGAAGAUUCUAUCGAUCGCUUUUUGGUCUCGUUGGCCGAUAAAGAUACACCUGUGCGGUUUGCUGCGAGCAAAGCACUCAGCAUUAUUGCCCUCAAAUUGGAUCCGGAGAUGGCAACUGAGGUCAUUGAUGCCGUUAUUGGCUCGUUAGGGGAGAACAUCCUUUUCGAAAAAAGAGACGGUACCCUCAUCACGCCAUUUGAGGCGCGAAAGAUUGGCACUCACACAUUGAGACGAAAUCUCAGCGCUGUCGACGCUCAGCAAUGGCAAGGCUUAAUUCUGACGUUGGCUCAUUUGCUCUUCCGUCGAGCACCGCCAAUCCGUCAGCUGCCUGAAAUCCUUCAAUCACUUGUGGCUGGUUUAGACUUUGAGCAGAGAUCUUCAACUGGCAGCUCCGUGGGAACUGGUGUGCGAGAUGCCGCUUGCUUUGGUAUCUGGGCAUUGUCUCGAAAGUACACUACAGCGGAGCUUCUGGCACUGCAAAGACAAGUCAUUUCAUCACCAUCUGGGCAAACGGAUGUUGACGUUCUGCAAAAGCUGGCCGUGGAGCUCGUUUGUGCGGCUUGUGUCGAUCCAUCUGGAAAUAUCAGACGUGGCUCUUCUGCUGCGUUGCAAGAGUUGAUUGGUCGACAUCCUCACACGAUUGCAGAGGGCAUUCCUUUGGUGCAGGUUGUUGACUACCAUGCUGUCGCGCGACGUUCUCGGGCCAUUAUCGAUGUUGCUAAAUCAACAGCUUCUCUAGAUCAAAUUUACUGGAGCCCCCUUCUAGACGCCUUGAUGGGCUGGAGGGGAAUCGGGUCCCCAGACGCUGAUUCCAGAAGACACGCAGCCAAAUCCAUUGCGAAUUUGAGUACACAGGUGUCAUUCACUACCAUGCAACAAGUACUAGAUCUCCUGCUGCGAAAAUUCUUCAGCAUAUCUCGAAAUGAUGUAGAAACUCGACACGGCUGUCUGCUGGCAUUUUCUGCCACUGUUGAUGCAAUUAAUUCCGAGUGGGAAACAUCAUUGGAGACAAGAGAAUCCCCGGAAGCCAAGGCUGUUUUUUGCCAGGUGCUCAAGGUAUGGGAGAUCUUUGGCUCCCAAGCCGGUCCUACCGAUGAUGACUUGACGUUCCAAACUUCACGUCCCGAGCUCACAGCGGAGGCAUCUUCUUGCUUGAUCUCUUCUCUCUCGCGCUUUAUAACUACCACUGGCCUAGAAAAUCCCACCGAGGCUUUACUGGACCGUGUACUGCAGGUCCUUUCUCUCUCUGCAUCGCGGAGCGAUGAUACUUCUAUCGAAACUUCCUCUAAUGCCUUAUCUCAAUUGUUUCCACUUAUAUCGCCCUCGAAACAGGAGAAGACUGUGCGCGAUUGGUUUUCUCACCUCCACACUUCAUGGAGAAUGCCGACAGGCCGCGGUCAAAUCCUUGCACUCGGUGCAGUAUUCAAGCAGCUUGGAGCACAGCAUGACCUCCAAGGGAGCGUUGUCACUGAGUUGAUCCGUUAUACUGGCAAGGAAGAAUUGAUUGAGAAACGAGUUGCCGCCGUGAAGUGCUUGGCAACGAGCAUUCUACCACAUAUGGCUUACCCAACUGCAGCGUCCACGAAUGAACUUGCAUCUACCUUCCUUUCUUUCCUCAAUGAUUACACAACCGACAGAAGAGGUGAUGUCGGAUCACUCAUUCGAGUGGAAGCAAUCCAAGCCGUCGGAGUCCUUCUAAAAAGAGAGCCAACAUCACGAUCACCAUUGAUCCAAGAACUGGUCAGGUGUCUUUGUCGACUCGCCUGUGAGAAAUUGGACAAGGUGAGACUACAGGCAUGGCUCUGUCUUCAAAGCUUCUGGGAAUCAGCUGCAGAUCUACCUCCUAUUGAACGAAAUUUUGAGCACUUCAGCCAUGUCUCAUCACAGGAUUAUUUCAUCCAGCUCUUCACUUUGCACCGCAUUGAUUGGCUCCGCUUGCCUUUUCUGCAAGGAUUUGCAACUUCCGCUAUCUCAGGGGCGGAAGGCCUUGUUCGAGCAUCUCGCUCGGCAUUGAUUCAAUUUGUCAACUCUCAAUCACUAGCUCAUCGCCAAGAAAUUCUGAUGCUAUUUUUGGAGGAUCUUUCUACGAUACUGAGCGCUAAUCUUCAAGAUGACCGAUUUGCCAUUCCUGCCGUCGAGUUUAUUGCCUUCUUGAUCGAUGGCUUUGUUCCGAUUGUCCCCGAAGGUUCCGAUACAUGUUUCCGGAAAAUAUUCACAUUGGUUCAGAAGUCACAUCUCAAAUCGGCAAAUAUAGCUCGGUUAGAAGCUGCUGUCAAAGCGUAUGGAGCGUUAACAAGAAUUGAUUCGCUACGCGCAGGUGUCCUAAAGAAGCUGACUGGAAUGCUCUUGCAUCCUUUCCCGAGGGUUCGAUCGAGCGCUGCUGAAUAUCUUUUUGUUGUCACGGAAUCAGAUAUCAUCAAGUAUGAGGACUGGUCGGCUCCACCUAAAGAACUGAAGCCUCAGGUUGAUGGUUUGAAGAUUGCAUUUCACUUGGAACCCUGA